CCGUGAAAGAGUAUGACGUUUGGUACAAACCCAGCAAUCCAGACAUCGCGUUCCAUACGGGAAAUGUCGGUCAUAAUCAACACACCAAGUUCAUCAAAGCGUUUUGUGCCAAGAUCGGAGUACAGGAUGCCGACAAGGUAGCGACUGGUCAUGCAUUGAGAGCCAAAGCUUGUACCAUCAUGAAGGGAUUGGGUGUCGAUCCACAUGCUGUUGCUCGACACAUGGGUCAUAAGAGUAUUGACACGCAAAAGCACUACACCGAGACCACCCAAGGAAUGAAGGCCAAUGUCUAUGAUGCACUGGCACGUGGAGCUCGGCGAGUUUCCAAUUGCAAUGAUGAUAGGAAGAAGGCCGCUCGGUCGGUAGUGGAUGUGGAUGCAGAAUCGACACCAGUCUCCAAAAAGCCACAUGUCAGCACUCUGAAUACAGCAGAGAAAGAGGAGUUAGAGGCAUAUCGGCGUGAACAAGAUCCAGAACGAAAGGAAUUAGAGGAAAGACGUCGCCGACGAAGUAUGGAGAACAAAGAAAACCAAGUUCCUGCUCCAUCGUUGGCUGGACUCCCGGUAAAUCCGUACUCGAUCCUGUAUCCGUAUGGAUAUCCUCCGUAUCCGCCACCAGGAAUACCACCGUACCAUCCACCAUUCCCACCCGGUCAGAUCCCAUCUCAGCUACCACCACCCGCACAUGCAUACUCACCCCCACCACCGGCGCAUGCAUACCCACAACAACCACCGGCAAACAAUGACGGGGCGGAAGAGAAAACACCACUUACCAGCAACAAUCAUCAUGGUGGAUAUCAAAAUGGAUGGAACCAAUUUUAUGGUGGUGGUGGCUAUGGUCGAUAG